UGGCUCCCGAAGAAGAAAACGCAACACAAAGCGCGACAAGCAACAAGCACGAUCCGCACAGUGCCCCCAUGCGUUAGGAACUUCCCGAAAACACUUUAUUCAGCGGGCUCUCGCCUCAUCAAGCUAGGAUGGCUGUCGACUCGACCGGCGGAGAGCUCUCCGAGCAGCGAGUUCUCGCACAGUUCGAGACCGAGGCUGGGGAGAGCACCGGUGAUCCUUUCGACAUUCCAAUCGGGAUCUCGAAGGAUAAACUGCAGCUGGUGUGCAAUGCUUUUCUGGAAAAAGAGUCUUCCAAUCCGUAUCUGUUCUUCGUUGAGGGGGAAGAAAUAAGGAGCUCUCUGGAAGAGACCAUCAGGGAGAAAAAGAUACCAAUCAAAUUCGAAACCGUGGUCAAAAUUGUCUACGCGCCCCAAGCUCUGUUCAAGGUUCGGCCAGUGACACGGUGCACGAGUUCUAUCCCCGGCCAUUCGGAGGCCGUGUUGACCGCCCAAUUCAGCCCUGAUGGACAGCAUCUCGUCAGCGGCUCCGGAGAUACCACGGUCCGCUUCUGGGACCUGAGCACUCAAUCGCCUCACAGUACUGGUCGUACUCACAAAAACUGGGUGCUCGCCGUCGCAUGGAGUCCCGACUGUAAGAAAGUGGCUUCUGGGUGUAAGAAUGGACAGAUUUGUCUGUGGGAUCCCGAAAAAGGGAAACAGAUCGGCAGAACGCUCAACGGACACAAAGAAUGGAUCACUUGCCUGGCCUUCGAGCCGCUCCACUUGAAUCCAGAGGUUCGACUGCUAGCUUCUGGCUCGAAAGACGCCACGGUUCGGAUCUGGGAUACCGUGAUGGGAAACACGAUUCUGACGCUCUCCAGUCACACGCGCUCUGUCACGAGCAUCAGAUGGGGUGGCACCGGCUUAAUUUACAGCGCCUCUCAAGAUUGCACCAUCAAAGUAUGGAAGGCCGAAACUGGCGCUCUUAUGAACACUCUCCAAUGUCACGGUCAUUGGGUGAACGUCUUGGCCUUGAAUACAGAUUAUGCUAUACGGACGGGAGCCUUCGAUCCCUGCAAGCCUCGGGACGACGAUGCCGUUUCAACAGACACCAUGAGAACCUUGGCGCUACAACGGUAUCAAACCGCGAAGGGCAAAGAGCCUGAGCUGUUAGCGUCCGGUUCUGACGAUUUCACCGUGGCCCUCUGGAACCCGAUGAGCAAGAAACCGCUGAAUCGCAUGACGGGUCAUCAACAGCUCGUGAAUGACGUGAAAUUCUCGCCAGAUAUGCGUAUCUUAGCGAGUGCUUCAUUCGACAAGAGCAUCAAGCUAUGGGAUGGCAGGACCGGUAAAUUCAUGGGCGUGUUGCGCGGUCACGUAUCGCCGGUCUAUCAAAUCGCCUGGUCGGCGGAUUCGCGCUUGUUGGUGUCCGGUAGCUCUGAUUCGACAUUGAAAACGUGGGACGUCCAUUCUAAAAAACUGCUGAUUGAUCUUCCGGGGCAUGCGGAUGAGGUCUACACGGUCGAUUGGAGUCCAGACGGAAGCAGCGUCGUUUCAGGGGGGAAAGAUAGAGUCAUUCGUUUGUGGAGGAAAUAAACGCACCGCCGCAAAACGA